GGUGUAAAGGCCCAGAUCGCGUCUCCGCGCCAUUUUCAAACUGCGGACGGAAGCGCCGGGGCCGGUGGCUGGAGCGGAAGGAGCCCGCGAGGGAGGCGACCAAGGAGCGCGAUGCGGCCGCAGGCGGAGGGACUGUAAUUUUUGGAAGUGAGUAAAACUGGUUUUGGAAGCCAAGAUGACAACAGCUGCAGAAAGGAAGUAUGUGAAUAUUAGGAAGAGAUUGGAUCAGCUGGGAUACCGUCAGACUCUGACGGUCGAGUGUUUACCUUUGGUAGAAAAGCUAUUCAGUGACUUGGUUCAUACGACAGAAAGCCUUCGACAAUCAAAAUUAUCUUCUGUGAAAGCUGAAAAGGAAAGUGCCAAUUUUGAUUUUGUUUUAGAACCCUAUAAACUUGAAAAUGCAAGACUGAGUAAAGAAAAUAAUGAAUUAUACCUGGAGUUAAUGAAACUGAGAGAGUGCUCAGAACAAAAUACUAAAGAGUUGAAAACUACAUUGAAGAAGUGUGCACGUGAAACAGCAGAUCUGAAAUUUCUGAAUAACCAGUAUGUACACAAACUCAGAGUUUUGGAGAAAGAGAGCAAAGCUAAAAAUGAAAAGAUCCAGCAACUUCAAGAAAAGAAUUUACAUGCUGUGGUACAAACUCCAGGUGGCAAGAAAAGAAACAUUGCGUUCCGACGCCAGCGAAUGCAAAUCGAUGAGCCAGCUCCUCCCUCUGAAGUCAGCUCUUAUCCAGUUCCACAGCCGGAUGACCCUUACAUUGCAGACCUACUGCAAGUGGCUGAUAACAGGAUCCAAGAACUUCAGCAGGAGGUCCACCAGCUACAAGAAAAGCUAGCAGUGAUGGAAAGCGGUGUGAAAGAUUACAGCAAGCAGAUCGAGCUGCGAGAGCGAGAGAUCGAGCGACUGUCAGUUGCUGUGGAUGGUGGCCGCUCCCCGGAUGUCUUGGCUCUGGAGACUAGAAAUAAAACCAAUGAAAAGCUGAUUGCUCACUUAAAUGUGCAGGUUGACUUUCUUCAGCAAGCUAAUAAAGACCUGGAGAAGCAUAUUCAAGAGCUUAUGGAAACCAAGGAAACAGUGGCAACUGAAGUAGUUAAUUUAAGUAACAAAAAUGAAAAACUCUGCCAAGAAUUAACUGAAAUAGACCACUUAGCACAGCAACUAGAAAGACAUAAAGAAGAAGUACUUGAGACAGCUGAUAAAGAACUUGGGGAAGCAAAGAAAGAGAUCAAAAGAAACCUCUGUGAAAUGCGGAAUCUUGAAGAAACAAUGGCAAAACUUCAGCUGGAAUUAGACCUAUGCCAUAAGGAAAAAGAGAGACUAAGCGAUGAACUUCUUCUAAAAUCAGACCUGGAAACUGUUGUUCAUCAGCUUGAACAAGAAAAGCAAAGACUUACCAAAAAAAUGGAAAAUUUUUCAAUGACAGAAAGAGAACUUACUUUGGAAGUUGAGAGGAUGAGGCUAGAACAUGGAAUAAAACGUCGAGACAAGUUACCUUCUCGUUUAGAUACAUUUCUCAAAGGUAUAGAAGAAGAACGAGAUUAUUAUAAGAAAGAGCUAGAAAGACUCCAACAUAUCAUACAGAAAAGAUCUUACGCUAUAAAUUAUUGUGCACAUGAAAAAUCUUCAGUAUGUAGAACAUCAGAAAAGGGUGAUUACAAUUCAGAAAUUCAUGUGGUCACAAGAGAAAGAGAUGAACUUCAGCGUAUGCUAGAGAGAUUUGAAAAAUAUAUGGAAGAUAUACAGUGCAAUGUUAAGUUAUUGACAGCAGAAAGAGAUAAACUAAGUGUCUUAUAUAAUGAAGCUCAGGAAGAAUUAUGUGCACUAAGGCAGGAAUCAACGCACACCACCAUCCCCAGUAGUCUCAUUAAUAUUAUGGAAAAGGAAAAAGAACUUGCCUUAUCUGACUUAAGAAGAAUUAUGGCAGAAAAGGAUGAUUUAAGAGAAAAGUUAAAAAAUAUCGAGGAAAUGAAUGCUUUUGGCAAAUCAGAAUUAGAGAAAACUAUUGAACAUUUGACAUGUGUUAAUCAUAAGCUUGAAAGUGAAAAAUAUGAAUUGCAAUCUAAAGUAUUAAUAAUGAAAGAAACAAUAGAGUCACUAGAGAACAAAUCAAAACUCCAAGCUCAAAAGCUUAGCCAUGUGACGGGUGACUCGUCCCAACAGAAAACAGAGAUGAACUCGCUUAGGAUGGUGAAUGAGCAGCUCCAGAGGUCGCUUGAUGACUGUCAGCACCGACUGACCACAAAAAGGGGUGAACUUGAAUCCGCCCAGGAAAAAAUUAAAAUGCUAGAGGAAAAAAUAGAUGAGCUAAACCUUAAGAUGACAUCACAGAAUGAAGAGGCUCAUGUGAUGAAAAAGACUAUUGGUGUUAUUGAUAAAGAGAAAGAUUUCCUCCAGGAGGCUGUAGAUGAUAAAACAGAGAAGAUUGCAAGCUUGCAAGAAGUCCUGGCCAGUAAAGAAAAAGCUGUUGCUCAGAUGAAGAUAACUGUCUCUGAGUAUGAAUUAUCUCUGACCCAACUAAAGGAAACAUUGAGUAAUCGAGACCGGGAAAUAAGCAGCCUCCGGCGUCAGCUUGAUGGAACUCUCAAAGAACUUGAUGAAGUAGGAAAGUCUAGAGAAGUAUCUUUCAAGGAAAACAGAAGACUACAAGAUGAUCUAGCUACAAUGGCAAGAGAAAAUCAGGAAAUCUCCUUGGAACUGGAGGCUGCAGUGCAUGAAAAAGAAGAAAUGAAGAGUAGGGUUCAUAAUUACAUAACUGAGGUGUCCCGAUGGGAGAGCUUAAUGGCUGCUAAGGAACAAGAAAAUCAAGAUUUAUUAGAUAGAUUUCAGAUGCUUCAUAACUGUGCUGAAGACUGGGAGAUCAAAGCCCAUCAAGCAGAAGGAGAAAGCAGCUCAGUUCGUCUGGAACUUCUUUCUAUUGACACAGAGAGAAGACACCUUCGAGAAAGAGUGGAUCUACUAGAAAAAGAAAUUCAGGAGCAUAUAAAUGCACACCAUGCUUAUGAAUCUCAGAUCUCAUCGAUGGCGAAAGCCAUGGCUAGAUUAGAAGAAGAGCUGAGACGUCAAGAAGAGGAGAAAGCAACAGUGCUAAGUGACUUGUCUUCUCUUAGAGAACUUUGCAUUAAGCUUGAUUCAGGCAAAGAUGUUAUGACCCAACAAUUGAAUUCUAAAAACCUUGAGCUGGAGAGGGCUCUGGUAGAAUUAGAAAAUGUAAAAUCAGAAUCAGAACUGUUAAGAAAACAACUGUCAAGUGAGAGAUACACAAUUAAAAAUCUUGAAUCAUUGUUGGCUACAAAUAGAGAUAAAGAAUUUCAUUCUCAUUUAACCUCCCACGAGAAGGAUACAGAAAUUCAGCUACUUAAGGACAAGUUAACCCUUUCAGAAAGCAAAGUAACUAGUCAAAGCCGGGAAAACACCAUGCUUCGAAAUAAAGUGGGACAGUUACAGACAGAUUAUGAUACUCUAAAAAGGCAAAUUUCAACAGAGAGAUAUGAACGAGAAAGAGCAGUCCAAGAGCUGCGUCGGCAUGGCCUUCCUACGUCACCCCUUAGCUCCACUCUGAAGUCUCCUUCACAUUCUCCAGAGCGUAAAGUAGAAGUCCUGCACAUGGAAGAUAAUUAACAUUUCCUCGAUAACUCGGAGCCCUCUUCAAUAAUAGUUUGCCAUGAAUUCCUAUAUGGAUUUUUUUCAAAAGAGCACAACAGUACUGAACGAUUUGAAGUAUUCAUUCCUGAAAAUCAUGAACAUGGACACAGAUUCUACCUCUAUCAACUUUUAUUUAAAUCAGUGAAUAUUUAUGUAAACAUUUUUGGUUUAAAAGAAUUGUAUCUAAGUGUAUAUUUUCAUAUAUGACAGAACAGAUAUGUAUUAAUAGUGCUUAACUGAUGUGAUAUUUGUAUUUUGUUGUUCUUAAAUUCUUAAAAUGUAUUUAUAUUGUGAAUUAAUUUAUUCACGUUAUGCUUCCGUAAUCUGUUUCCUAAUGAGCCGUGAUAAAUGUAUGUACAUAUUCUUACAAUGCUUCUUUUUAACGUGUUUUCAGUUUCCAUGCCUGUGUUUGUAACCCAUAUUAUAAUCUGUUCACAAAGAAAUACCACCUUAGAUGCUGCGCAUCAUGCUUUCUUUUAAAUGCAAAAUCAGUUAUUCACGGAUUUGCUGUCCAUCAUCAAGGGGAAUAUAUUCAAGUCUAGUCAGUCUCAGAGGUCUUGAUAAAAAAAUUGUUGCCAUGUGUAGUUAAUUCUUGCCACCUAGAAAAACUGCUGAGCAAGAUACCCUUAUCUGUGCCGCAUCAUGGUGACUGUUACCUGGGCUUGUCACAUAAUACAGGGCCUAUGAAUGCAGACUACAUGUCAUAUUUAGAGUUUUGUAUAAUGUAGAGCAUAAGUUUGGGGCAAUUUUUUCAGUAAAUAAAAUUUUUCAGUGUAUUAGUCUAAAAUUUCUAGCUAUAAAGUAUAUGAGAUAAACGUAAAUCAUUUUGGUAUAAUUCUAAUAUACAUCAAGCCACAUCAAUUUCUGCACCUGUAUGUUAUAACUUGUCUUCAGAAUACUAUGCAGUCACUUACCCCAGAUAUAAGUUGAAAAUAGCUCUUUACAAUUCAUUUUCAAAGUUGUAAGUUU